AUGUCGGUCGGGCCGCUGCCAGACCACCCCGAUCGGCCAGGCAGCGGCGAGUGGCUCUCGGAGGGGUUUGAGCUUGUCACUGCCCACCCAACCCCGCGCCGGCCAAGGUUACGCCGCGCCUCGAGCGCCGUCAAGCGCGACGAGAGCCAAGACGGCCUGUUUGUGCGCUCGGCCAGCAAUGUGCGGGUGUGCUUGCGCGUCUACUCUGGCCCACCUUUGCAUGAAUUCCCAGUGUCCGUCAUACGGGCCUACGUCGUCAACAAGAUUACACGCGGGCGCAAGACGGCAGUCAUCGCGCGCAAGCUCGAGGUUCUGGAGCGCGAGUUCCCGCUCUACGCUGCAGCCUUCAACAUUGUGCGCUACUUUACAGCGCUGGGGCCGUCCAAGGCCCUUCCUAUCCCGUGGCCGCCGCCCGCCGCGCACCGGUUCGACCGUGUCGUCAUGAACGCUGCGACGCGCAUGAGCAGACAGAUCAAGGGGACCGAGCCGCCCCCUCCAUACACGCCGUUUGACGAGCGUGCGCCGCUGUUGUUCUAGGGAGGGUGGUGUAAAGGAUGUGGGCAGAUUGAGUGAUCCAGGGCGAGGCAAUGACGACUGUUGUAAAUGUGGCAG